GGGACUGGCAUGGACUGGGAGGGACUGGGGCCAUAUAUGGCAAUGAGGGGGCGUGGCCUCACCCGGCCCCGCCCCCAGACGCAUCAGGGGCGCCCCCUGGUGGCCGUGGCCGAGGAGAGCUUCCGGGAGCAGGUGCUGGGAAUUCUGGGAACUGGGCGGGGCCUGGAGCAAUUCCUGCAGGAGUACGGGCCGCAGUUCCGGAAUUCUCUCCGGAAUCUUUUCCUGGAGUUCCUGCGCCGCCUGGAGAGCGCCCUGCCCCCCCCCGACCCGGCCCAGCUGGAGCAGCUCUGCGUGAGCCACGCCCCUCCCGGCUCCCGGCCCCGCCCCCUCCCCAUCCUGCGCCUCUAUUUGUCAGAAGUCGGCCACGCCCACCCAGUGGCAGUGGAACGCCCACUUCCGGCUGAGAAAGCCACGCCCACCAAGCAGCGCCCGUGCCGCCGCAAGCUCCGCCCACUUCGCUUCUCCCCCUACAACGCUGACGGGGAAGGAGAUCGAGAUCGACAUCGAGCCCACGGACAAGGUGGAGCGCAUCAAGGAGCGCGUGGAGGAAAAGGAGGGAAUCCCCCCCCAGCAGCAGCGGCUGAUCUACAGCGGCAAGCAGAUGAACGAUGAGAAGACGGCGGCCGA